GGGGAUCCGGCGGCGCCCUCGCUCCUCGCCCUGGCAUUGCGCAGGCGCGUAGCAAGCCAGGCAGCCAGCAAGCUCCUUCACGCCACGGCGGUUCGCAUUGCAAUUUGCGAGCACCAAGCCACCUAGCCGCAAGCUACCAAGAUGCUCCAUUCGCAAAGGAAAAUGGAGGCCGUGGGAGGUGCCGAGCCUGCGCAAGCGAGACUAGCCAGGAACUGGUCGGAUCUGCCCCUUGAUGUCCUCACAUUGGUCUUCACCAAGCUCGGCGUUGUCGAGGUCCUCAUGGGUGCGGGACUCGUGUGCCACUCAUGGCUCGACACGGCCAAGGUGCCUUCUCUGUGGCAGUAUCUCGACAUGGGCCGCGACAAUGUUGUCGAAGUAAAGCGCAGGUCUGGGGGUAGAGAUGUCAUUGGUGCCAUGGUGAAGGAGGCUGUGGACCGUGCCAACGGCCAGCUGGAGGUGUUCCUAGGGGAGGAGUUUGUUGAUGAUGACCUUCUCAAGUACAUAGGGGGCAGGGCACCUUCUCUCAAGGUUCUUCACCUAACUUCUUGUUCCAAUAUCCUUAACGAAGGAUUUGUGGAGGCAAUAAACAAGUUCCCUCUGCUUGAGGAGCUCAAGCUUUCCGCCUGCGCAAGGAUACGUGGCCGUGCAACCUAUGAGGCUGUUGGCAAAGCGUGCCAAAACCUAAAGCGCUUCGAAGUUGGCAAACGCAUAACCUUGCCGUGCGAUUUUUCAAUCGGUCAUGGGGGCAAUUCUGAUUGUGACGAAGCACGUGGGAUCGCAACAAUGCGUGGGCUACGCUCCCUGAAGAUUUAUCUCAGUACACUCAACAACAAAGCGCUGGCCGCCAUCCUUGACAACUGCCGUCACCUGGAGAACCUUGAUCUACUGUUUUGCUUCAACAUUUCCGUGGAUGCAGCCAUGCGAGCCAAGUAUGCUGGGAUCAAGAUGGUGGUGUGUCCCGAUUUUCACAACAAACUGUCAUGGGCUAGGCGCCUAGGACCCAUCUUUGAUGCGCUGAUGGCUACGAGCGCUGGGCUGAGAGCCCCUCCUUCGUCAGAUCAGGAUAAUUCUGGCGGUGCUUAUUAGACUAAUCGUAGUGCAUUAUACCGUUGUGUUAUAUCCAAGUCUGCCACUGGGAUAUCACUAAAUAGAUGUAUAAGAACUUCUAUAC